GUCAUUUCAGGUUCCAGCAAGUUUGCAUAGGUUGCUGCGUAGGUCGGUAUUAGGGUCGACAAUGCUCCAACUUUCGAGUCACACUGGCUUCUACUGUAGUACUGGAUACUGGAUACACUGCUCGCUGCUAUGCUGGAUGGCCUGGCUCCAAAGCAAACUGGCAGCAGCGGGUUUCUAUGACUCGACUCUGUCCUGUUUUUCUAUCGUAGAAACUGUUGUUCCUGUUUUUAGUUUACAGUUUUCAAAUCAGAGUUACCAACACCUUUGAAACACCAACCACCCACAAAAAGUCCUUACGAUGGGUCUUUACGUUGACACCUCGAACACCACCACCACUACCAACCAACCCCGCCGCAGCAUGAUGAACCAAUCCACAGGCAAGACACUGAACAACGAUCAAGGUCCCUCUCGCAGGCUGUCGCUUCUGGUGGACUAUUCGACGCAAAAGGCCAAACUCGGCAACACCAAGCCGUCUCUCUUUCCCAGCAAAAGCUUUCAUGGUGGCAACCGAAGAAGAAGAGAUGUGCUUGAUACGAUCGACAGUGCGCUCCACCAAUCCACAUCCAGCAUGAACAGCUCCAGCAGUGACAGCAACUCGUUGGAGGAGAGCUUUGCCCUGAACGAUGACACAUCUCUACCGGUGCGAUUCCGCGUCCGUCGCAGUUCCAUGGAACGUUGCACAUCCUUCGACGAACGCAAGCUAUCCAGUUACGAUCACCUGCAAAAUUCACUGAGUGCCAUGAUCAUGGCCGAGGUCGACGAUGACGAGAACAACAACAGCAGCAGCAGCAACAACAACCACGACGAAGAAUCGGAAGAGCCACAACAACAACGACAAGAAGAAGCGCCGCUACAACGAGCCAAUCGUCGCAUGAUGCUGCUCAAGUCUCGCGGUGGCAAGAACAAGAGUAUGAUGAACUUGAAUGGCAGCAACCAUGCAUCGACUGGACGACCGGGGCUGGCUCAUAUCAUGCGAAAGACCAAGAGCGUCAAAGACUUGUUUGCCGACGCUACUACUUGCGGCGCUGUCGGUGGUGGUCGUCGUUCACAGCUCGGGUCUUCCCGCUGCACCAGUUGUCGACAUCUCGUGCGCCGCAGCAAGAGUAUGAACGACAGCAAGACGGACUUUUCGCUGCAGUUGCUGGAAGAAAGCUUUCACAACAGCUUGUCAUCCUCCAAGUCAUUCCAUAAUAACACAUCCACACACUCCACAUCAGGCAGCAGCCCCAAACCCAAGAGACCGUCACCCCGCGGUCGACCACUGUAUGGCAAGGCCAUGUCCUGUCGCGAUCUUCUCAUGGACGACGAAAGCAUGAUGUCCGCCAGUGUCAGUGAUCACCAACACUUGCCGAUUCCCAAGCGCAGUGUCAUUCGCAAGCUCGACAAGAAUAGUGGUCAUGGCGCCAUGACAAGCUCCACCUUGCAGCGAUUCAUGAACAGCACCGCCGAUUUUGGUAUGGAUGCCAGUACCAUCCGCAAUAACAACAACGUAAUGGACCCCAUGGCAAUUCAUGGAGGACGAUCCUUCUCGCGGCGGCUGGCAAUGGAUUCGAAAAUGUAAUUUUUUAUAACAAAUACAUGAUUUGUUUUGGGACUAUCUACUUGACUACAUGAAUGCCAUAGAUGUAUUUUGAUGUAUAGCAUGACCA